AUGGCAAGACAUGACGACGUCCCCGACGCCUGGGAUGACGAAGACUUCGAGGCGAAGGCGGACCGCGACGCGAAAGAGGACCGAGGCCCCGAGACAGAGACAGUAUCACCACCCAUGACGCGCGCAGAGCGGAUGGCGAAGCAUGCCGAGACCCAGCGGCAGCUGUGGGAGUCGGCAGAGACCGAGGAGGAGCCCAGCUUUCUGCCGGUCAAUAGUAAUGUCCCUCCUCUCGCAACGCCGUUCAAGCCGGCGGUGAAGCUCCUCAGCCGAAAGCCAGCACAGGCCGACGACGACGAAGACGACGAGGCGCAGAAGAACCAACCGACGCCCGAGGAAAUCCGGCUGCGCCAACAGCGCGAGCUCGAAGAGAAGCAGCGGCGCUACGAAGAAGCCCGUGCUAGAAUCUUUGGCGAUUCUAACCCUUCCUCGGGACAGUCGACGCCAGGCAACACGACACCCCCGCAAGCCCACGAAGGCCGGCAGGGCUUUAGGGGGAGAGGCCGCGGCCGCGGAGGCGGAGGCGCUUAUCGCAACGACCGGGGACAAGACAGCCAAGCCCGUCGCCCGCAAACGAAUCAACAGCCCUCGAGGGAACUCUUUGACCCAGUAUCCUCACCAAGGCCGGGAUUUGGCGCCCAAAACCGCAGCGGUGACGAGUCGCCUCAGCAGUCAGGCCGAUCGGGCACGCUACGAGCUGACGACCAAAUUAUUCGGUCACCACGAGGUCCAGACGGCAGCGGAAGGGGUGGGUUUGGCUUCGCUCGGCGCGGAGCCAAGGAUAAUUGA